UACUAUUUUAUCAGAGAAGCGUACUAAAAAUCAAAGCAGGAAACACCUAGGUAUCUCAUUGGUUAUAAGGAAUUUCCAACAGUUCACCUUUUCCUCAACUUUGAGAACGAGCCAGUCGAAAAAUAUUAGUAGCAUGGACAAGUUUGCUAGCAAUUAUCAUUAUUAUGUGGCAUUAUACAUAUUACAAAAACUAUCUUGAUCAAUUAUAAAAUCUACGUCAAUGCCAUCGGUUUACACAACAAAACGAAUGUUCGCAGUUUCCAAUGCCGGCACAUUGUAACAAACAUAACCUCUGUGUGAAGCACAUACGGAGGUAUCGCUUAUUGCACGCCGAGUAAGUAGUCGUCAGACUGUUUUGCGAUAUGAGGAGACAAAUACCUCGUUCUUGGACAUUAAGUAGUAUCCAAAAUACAGUUAUAUUAUAAAUUUUAUUCAGUGACAACAUUAGUGUGUAAAUUGAGUGUGUACAAAGUAUUGGAAAUUAUAAUUUCUAUUCUAUCCUCAGUGCAAUGUCUAUAGUGUUAUAUGGUUUGGUUUCUUUGUGCGCAUAUGUUGCUUCAGUCACAGGUUCGGAAAUAAUAUGCGACACACCAGGCGGCGAGGCUGGAAAAUGUGUGACAUCGUCGACUUGUCCUGGUUACCAGGAGGCCCUGCAGACUCGUCCGCUGACCGACGAGACGAUCAACUUUCUUCGCCUAGCCCAGUGCGGAUACGCGGCCAAUGAGUCGAUGGUUUGCUGCCCCAGUUCUGGACAAUAUAGGAAUCUAACUUUAUCUUUGACGGAAGAGCCAAAAAAGCGUCGAGUGAGGCCAGAUAGAAACAAUUCCAGUCCAGAAAUUGGAGACAGAUUUGGAGAAUCAAAUGUGUUACCAUCAAAAGAUAUCUGCGGAAAACAAUUUGCAAAUAACAGAAUUUUUGAUGGUGAAAUCACAGGAAUCGACGAGUUUCCGUGGAUGGCUUUGUUGGAUUACAAAAACAAAAAUUAUAAGGGCCUGGGUUUUUACUGUGGAGGUGUGCUGAUUAGUCAGAGAUAUGUUCUUACUGCUGCCCAUUGCAUAGCUGGGGAAAGUUAUUCCAAAUUUGGUGGUUUAGUUGGUGUCCGACUAGGCGAGUAUAAUACUGAGAGUGAAUCCGAUUGCAUCCAGGAAUUAGAUUUUUACGACUGCGCUGAUCCACCUCAAGAUUUUGGGGUUGAAAAAAUCAUCCCCCAUGAUGCUUACAGGCCCGACACAUCCGAUCAGCAUAACGAUAUUGCUUUGCUAAGGUUGGAUAGAAAUGUAGUAUUUAGUGAUUUUAUUCAGCCACUUUGUUUACCUUUACCAGAGUAUUUUCCUAAAUUAAACUUGGAACCUGGACGACCAUUUGUGGUGGCCGGUUGGGGAAGGACAGAAUUAGGAAUUCCAAGUCCAGUAAAACUGAAGUUGAAGGUACCACUUGUGAAAAAUGAAGAUUGUAUGCAACCAUACAGUAGGUUAAAUGUGAGGGUUUGGUCCAGGCAACUUUGUGCAGGCGGCGAGUUGCAUCGCGACUCCUGCAGCGGCGACAGCGGUGGACCCUUGAUGGGCUACGACCGCUACGGCGAUUCCUGGUACCUUCUAGGUAUUGUAUCUUUAGGACCAAUAAAUUGCGGAAAAGCUGGCAUUCCUGGUAUUUAUACAAGAGUUCCACAAUACCUCGAAUGGAUUAGAGGAAACAUGGAACCAUAAAUUGUUACUUAGUGGAUAAGUAAAUUAUAUAAAUAUAGUAAUAUUUUUUAUUAAUAACAAUACCUAAUUUUAAGUACGUAAUAUUAUACGUAGAUU